GUCACUUAAAAGGUUAGCCAGCUGUAGGACUCGCACCGGUAAUCCAGCAGAUGUGGGUCGAGUCCUACAGUCGGCCAACCUUUUCAGUGCUACUUCUUCUUUCGUUCAUUGUUCUUCGGCACUUGAGGCUUUUUGUGUUGUUGUCCCUUGUUCUGCGUUCAAGCGUCUGAACACAUACUUUCCAUCUUGAUACAAGUGGUUCCAAGAAUAAGCAAUGGCCACAAGUGAUCCUGCCGAGAACAUCUCACUGACACUCACAUUUUAUUACACGGGACCGAUGGACAUGCCGAAGAGCUAAACACGUGCCAUGCUCCUAGGAAAAGGAUAAAGGGUGUCUGCUUCGCGUUAAUGAAGAGCCGAGAGAUACUUGUGCAUUUGAGUCACCAAUUUCCAGCCCAUCAGAGAUUGACGGCUGUCAUAAAUGGAGCUGCCCCCAAAGUUCAGCUAUCAGCUCACGAGAGUAAAAUGUGAACCUCCUGAUGUUCCAUGUCUACCAGACGAGGGCCAGAUACAGCAACAGCACUGCAACGAGCCUGCUUUACAGGCUUUUGGAGGGGAGACAGUUGGAAUGUGCCACAUCAAAGAAGAACCUCCUGACGACUGUUCAGAUGAACAUCAGAUGAUAGAAGUGCAAACGGAGCCCUACAACACUGCAAUUUUGACGGAGCGAGACUGUGCUAGACGCAGCCAUGACUCAACAUCCGAAGGUCAACCCGGGGUGAUCAGAUGGCUCAUGGAGCAAGGUGCGCUGCGUAGCGACAUGCGCUGCAGAAUGUGCGGUCGCCCCGCGACGCUGUUCAGCCCAGCUAAGGGGACGGCGAGGUGGAGGUGCAGGAACCACGGCCACAACUGGGGAGAGUCCGUCUUCCAUGAUUCCGUGUUCAGGAACUACAAGAUCCCACUGAAGCUCGCCCUGAAGCUGAUGCACAUCUUCGCCCACGAUCAACACUCGUACAAGUACGUCACCCUGGAGUGUUCGAGAGCCACCAAAACAAUCGGGGAUCAGACGAUCGUUCGCUGGCUGUCCCUGUGCAGAUCUGUCGUCUCCGCGGCCGUUCAGAGGCAGAUUGCGGCGGAAGGUAAAAUUGGCGGAAGGGGAAAGAUCGUGGAGGUCGACUUGAGUCUCUUCGACAAGUGGAAGCACCACAAGGGUCGUGCCAGGAAAGGUCAGUGGGUUCUGGGCAUGGUAGAAAGGGAAGUAAGCCCAAAUGCCCAGCACGAAGGAGGCAAGCUGAGGGCUGUGAUUUGUCCCAAGAACAAGAGGGACAAGGCCACCCUUAUACCGCUCAUCAAGCGCCACGUCGAGAGAGGGACGACCAUCGUCACGGACUCCUGGGGCGGCUACAGGAACCUCGGAACUCUGGGCGAAGACGCUCGGCAGUGGAGACGGCACGGGAGACCAAGAUACUACGUACACAAGGUUGUCAACCACCGGCGCCAAUUGGCUACGGGACCAAAUUGUGAGGUGCACACUAAAACAAUGGAGUCGACCUGGCGCCUUCUUAAACGAUCGCUUCACCGCCGGGGCCCACAGAGGAAAGAUAUCCAGAGCUACCUGGACGAACAGCUGUGGCGGAGGCACGUUGAGAGGACGGGACUCGACCCGUUCGUCUACUUCCUGGAGUGUGCCGGAAGAGCGAGAAGCCGCGUCUUCUUGGGGACGCAAGCGCUCCAGUGUCACACACGUCCAGUGCCCCGCAACGAGAGCUUGGGGCGUCAGCCAGCACCACCUCAACGACGACGCACUGCUGUACCCAACCGCGGGCGUGCUGUUACGGCUGCCGUACCACGUGUGCCGACGUCCAUGGCAGUUGGCGGUACUACAGAGCAUGAGACUCCUUCACUGCUACAGACCAACGCUGCAGCUGCACCUGUUUCUGCGCCUCCAGAUUCGAGCGCGCAGGCAGUUGGACGUGUACGGACACCACUAAGGCGUAGGAUGCAGCAGGCCUCGCCUUACUCUCGACCAAGCGUGGCUCCAGCUAUUACGGCGACGCCGAGCAAUACAAGCAACGCCCCAGUCUUUGUAAAUUUGGCUGCUGCACCUUUACCAGUGCAGGUGAUGCCAACGCCUGUAAUUCUCUGGCAUCCCGGAUUUGUAUACCAACACCCACUACCCCUGGGUGUUAACGGUGAUGUGGCUUUUCCUCUGCAAACCACCGGUUUCCUUGUACAGUAGCAAGAAAGAAAAAAAAUAUUAACUCGUGGAUGUGCCAAAGUUGCUGGUCAAUAAACGGACACCCACUUUU